GCCCUGGGGGCUGAGGGCGGGCGCCGUCCGGACGUUGCGCACGGGCUCCGCUCUGCUGUCUGGAAGAAGAUGUUAAAAACCUUCAGCAACUAUCACGGUGAUGGAUUUCUGUCAGGAAAAUGCGGCUGAGUUAGAAAAUAGUGAAAACGAUGAGACUCAAAGCCCAGAAAAAACGGAAUUAACCUAUACUUGCCCAGAUGAAAGAAGCGAGAAGAAUCACGUUUGUUGUCUUCUCCACAUCAGCGACAUUACGCUUGAACAAGACGAAAAAGCCCGUGACUUCGUCAUCGGAACUGGAUGGGAAGAAGCCGUGCAAGGCUGGGGAAGGACAUCUCCAACGGCCUGCAUCUGGUCCAGGAAGAAGCUUAAAAAGACGAGGGUGAGAGAAAGUGCCAGCAGCUGCUUACUCUGUGUCAGUCUCUCCCAAGGGAGUUCUGAGGCCGGGCCUCAGUCGGAGGUGGGGAAGUCGGGGUCUGUGGGUCUGGAGAAGGCUCAAGGCAGCCCCUCCCAGACUCAGGGGACCCGCCGAGGCCCCACCACUGCCUCCGGGGAGAUUAGCAAGAUCUGCUUUCCCACUUCCAGUCAGGGAGAGAAAAAAAGUCUGCAAAUAAAGGAGUUUAUUUGGUGCAAGGAAGACUGGGCCACCCCUGAGGCUAUUAGGGGCAAGGGCCCGGGCCAAGGUCCCUCCAUCUCAGACUCCUUGACUUCCAGGGCCCUUUUAGUCCUACCUCCCCUGAAGGCUUCACCCCCAUACGGCUUGGAUGUUCUGGGUAAGAAGAGUAAGAACUUUUUCUUGCAGCCAGAAGAGAAGGUGCUGAGCGUGGAAAAGGAUGAGUGUGUGGCUUGUGCGCGUGGACUGAAAAGGGUUGACGGGAAAGGUGAAAAGAGACCUGUUGAGCUGGCCGAGCACCCUAAGGUCAAUGACACAUUGCCUUUCCCUCCCCGGGCGGCCCCCGCACCCCUGCUGGCGGAUCACGAGAGGGGCUGCCUGCACUGGUCCUUCCUGCCCGAGAAACACCUGGUGUGCCCUCCCGAUCCCGGCAACGUGCGCUGUCCGGCCACCGUGCAGCUUUUGCAGAAACAGGGGGCGCAAAACUACAAAGCCAGAUUCAAAGCCAGGGAGCCAAGACCUGCCGUGAACACCCAAAAGCUCGUUCUCACGGAGGCCAAGCAGGAAAACAGGCCCAAAACGUUGGAGACCAAAGUGUUCCCGAAAACUCUCUUGCCCUCCCUCACAGUGAGCAGAGUUGUUAUUCCUGUCUCCACUCACAGACUCCUCUGA